AUGGUCGCCAAGAAUAAACAGGAACUUCGUCAGUAUAUGAAGUCCAUAUUGAGCAAUAUUCCUCCGUCCAUACGAAAAAGAAAAUCCCAGGUUCUCCUUCAGAAGGUAUUAGCUCACGAGUUCUUUAAAACCUGUAAGGGUGUUUCAAUAUUCGUUAGCUUCUCCUACGAGCCGGACACAAUUGCUCUAAUCAGACAUGCCCUGGAGGCGGGAAAAGUUGUCGUUGUGCCAAAAAUCCUUGCCGAUUCCGAGCGCUGUAACAGCCUCACAAAACGUUUUGGCUUAAUGCGAAUGCGUCAACUCCAUAGUCUUGAUGAGUUGUUCACUUGGCCCUUGAACAAAUUCGGCAUUCGCGAGCCACCUCAACCUACUACUGGAAUUGAUAAGGACGAUGCUCUCACACUGCCUGUAGACCUCUUCAUCCUUCCCGGUUUGGCUUUCUCGGCGGCGGGCGAUCGUCUGGGUCGUGGGAAGGGUUUCUAUGACCACUACCUCACAGGAAUGCGCGAAUACCACAGUGAAAAUAAUCCCAGCGUACCACUGCCUCGUACUAUUGCACUAGCGUUCUCUGAACAGAUCCUUGAAAAUCUUUUCGUAGAAGGGCACGACGCGAAAGUUGACACUGUUCUUAUCGCCUAA